AUAGGUUUCGGGAAAGGCACCAGCUACUCUACCCGGUCCAGUAGAUUUGGAGUCGAAGUCAGACAUUGUAGUAUCGAGGGACAAGCGGUGAUCUCUCACGGACUCGGAGAGGAACUAUUUGGUAAAAACUUUUUGCUGCUUGAAUUUUGAAGGUCACCUGGCUUGUUUAAUUAAUCGGUGCUGAAGAUUGUUUUUGGAAUCUUCACAUCGGUGGUACGUACCGGACAUAGGUUUUGAAUUUGGACAGUGAUGUGGCUUAGGUGGUUCAAUAGGUACCUAGGUACCUAACAGGUAGCCACAACCUUAGCCGAGACACUGUGGCUGGAGUCUUAGGCGAGAAAUGAAUUUAGCCGUGGUUUACCCCAAUCACGCACACAUCUCAAUUCAGCGCAAAAAUCGGUUUGACUAACUGGAGCUCUACGAAACAUUCCGCAACAUUCAACCACCGACAACUUUCGACAGCGCAACCCCUAUAACCGCCGUCAAAAUGGUCAACAUUCCCAAGACCCGUAAGACCUACUGCAAGGGCAAGGACUGCCGCAAGCACACGCAACACAAGGUCACUCAGUACAAGGCUGGCAAGGCCUCUCUAUUCGCGCAAGGAAAGAGACGUUACGACCGAAAGCAAUCCGGUUACGGUGGUCAGACCAAGCCUGUGUUCCACAAGAAGGCUAAGACAACGAAGAAGGUCGUGCUAAGAUUGGAGUGCGUUGCCUGCAAGACUAAGCUACAACUGGCACUGAAGCGAUGCAAGCACUUCGAACUUGGUGGUGACAAGAAGACAAAGGGUGCCGCUCUGGUGUUCUAAACGCGUUUCCUACUCGAGUCAUUGUGCACGUUCUUCAUUCAUGGCAAUAGGGUGGUUCAUUACGGCCGGGCAUUCACUGGCGACGGGAGUCUUUGAUACUCG